CAAGUGGAUGCAGCUUUUUGCAUUGGUUCGAACUGUGCAGACUGCAUUGACAUUUAAACAUCACGAGUCACAGGGUUCACAAAUAAUUUGUGACUUUUGACCGACGGCUGGCACUGCUGGUUGCUGAUCAAGUGUGGCCGAAGCCAAGAACAUCGACCCGUGAACUGGCGCCUGGGAAGCGUCGGCACUGAGUCCGGCCAUGUUCCUGAGCGAUGAAGCGAUUGAACUGCUCUGGCCGCUGGUGACAGAAACACCAUCCGUCAGUGCUGCAUACGAGGAGUUUGCCAAGAUAUGGGCAGCAUGUGGCUUACCACCGCAGCCUUUGUCACCAGACCUGGCUGGACCUGUUUAUUGCGAUGAUCCUGAUGAGCCGCUCUUGUCAGAAGCAGAGCGACUGCGUGCUGCAGAUCCUGCGCUGUGGCAGCUGGUUUACAUCCCGCCCAUUUUCGACUCCUCGGGCAUGGAGGUGCUCACCUUUGACAGUCUCGAGGAGGCAGAGGCAAAGCUGAACUCCCUGAAGCUCGGAGAAAUUGACGAGGGUGGCGGCAUCAUUUUCAAGGCUGGUGUUCCUGUUGCCGAGAAGUUGGUGUUGAAGUACUGCGAGAAGGAAGACUUCCAUGGAUUCCUCAAGGAUGUCACCAAAGAACCUGAGCGGCCUCUUGAGCGGUCACUUGAGGACAACAUCAAGGCUGUGACAGAAGCUUUGCUUGAGCGGAUCAAUGAACUGAAGAAGCUGGCACCCGAAAUCGCACGGCUCAAGGGUGAGUAUGAAGGCCGACCUGAAAGGCCCUCCAUGGCCUAUGGCAAGCCGUGUAUGGCCUUGGUGGAGACUGGGUGGAGUUUGGCCAGUUGUCUCACACUUCCCGGCAUGGGGCCUCUAACGGAAAUCCAUCCCGACCAAAUUCCAUUUAUCAUCUCAUUACUCAUUACUCCUUACCUCUCACCCUUGUCACCUCAGCUCACUGACUUUUCCUACCCUUUCAGUGAUGGGCUUCCUGCUUCUCAUUUUCAGUCUGCGAGCGCCUCCCCUGGAACACUGCGAACGCAUUCAGAAUCUAGAAAAGCUUGCUGGGGUCUAUAGUGGUGUAGGUUUGGUGAAGCCAUUUCUUCAUUCAUGGUGGAGAUGUUCAUCGCAGGAGUUGUCAAAGCUCUUCCCAGAUUUGGUGCAACUGGGUGGCUGCUGCAAGCCACCGCCUUGAGGCACAUUUGGUCAUCUGGUAGGCGACUGGCGAUCACAAAUGUGGAUGCCAUGAAAGCCAGACAUUGAUUCGCUCACGGAA